AUGACUGCAAAGAACCACGAGUCAUUGAUGGAAAUCGAGACUGUUGUACAAGAAAAUUAUGAUGCUUUCCUCAGCUUCACUGAAGUCACCAUCGGAUACUCUGCUCUGAACCUGGUUCUGUGUGGGAGGAGAGCAGCAGGGAAGACGUCAGCAGCCAAGGCCAUUUUAGGUCAGACUGAGCUUCAUUCAGCCUCCAACUCAUCAGAGUGUGUUAAACAUCAGGGAGAGGUGUGUGGACGUUGGGUUUCCCUGGUGGAGCUGCCUGCCUUGUAUGGAAAACCUCAGGAGGCAGUGAUGGAGGAAUCACUCAGGUGUAUCUCCCUCUGUGAUCCUGAGGGUGUCCAUGCCUUCAUCCUGGUCCUACCUGUGGCUCCCCUCACUGAUGAAGACAAGGGAGAGUUAGAGACCAUCCAGGACACAUUGAGCUCUCGAGUCAAUGACUUCACUGUGAUUCUGUUCACUGUGGAGUCGGAUCCAACAGCUCCAGCUGUUGAUAAUUUUCUGAAGAGAAGCAAGGACAUCCAGGAGCUCUGUCAGGGCUGUGGAGGAAGAUCUGUUGUUCUUAACAUCAAAGACAAACAGCAGAUCCCCAACCUGUUGAAGACUGUGGAAAAGAUGAGGCCCUUUAAAAAGAAGUCACACUAUUAUACAACACGAACAUUUGCACAGGCCCAAGUAAAUACAUUAUCUCAACAAAUCAUAAAAUGUACCACCCUAUCGGGUGAACUUGAGGAAUUGAAAAAGAAAAGCAUGAUCACUGUUGCAGGUGAUGAAGAGCAGCAGAGCCCAGAGUGUCUCAGGAUUGUGCUGAUUGGGAAGACUGGCAAUGGUAAGAGCUCUUCAGGAAACACCAUCCUUGGAAGAAAAGUGUUUAAAGCCAAGUCGAGUCAAGAAUCGGUCACCAAGUGUUGUCAGAAAGAACAGGGUGAAGUGGACGGUCGUCCUGUUGUUGUGGUCGACACUCCUGGUCUGUUUGACUCGACUUUGUCACGUGAAGAAGUUCAUGAGGAGACGGUGAAAUUUAUGACCUGCCUGGCUCCAGGACCACACGUCUUCCUGUUGGUGUUACAGGUUGGUCGACUUACACCAGAGGAGAAGGAGACUCUGAAACUCAUCCAGGAAGGAUUUGGGAAGAAUUCAGAAAAGUUCACCAUCAUUCUUUUUACAAGAGGAGAUUCAUUAAAACAAGACAACCUGUCCAUUGAAGAAUACAUUAGAGGUGAAUGCAAUGUCUCCUUUAAGAAGCUGAUCUCUGAGUGCGGAGAAAGAUACCAUGUCUUCAAUAACUAUGAUGAAGAAAAUCGGACACAAGUCAGUGAGCUGAUAACAAAGAUUGACACCAUGGUGAAGGACAACGGGGGAUCUUUUUAUACCAAUGAGAUGCUGCAAGAGGCUGAAGCAGCGAUUAAAAAAGAAGUGCAGAGGAUCUUAAAAGAGAAGGAAGAAGAGAUGAAGAGACAGAUUGAGGACCUGGAAAGAAAACAUGAGGAAGAAAAACAAGCCAUGAAAUUAAAAAUGAAAGAACAGAGUGCUAAAAUAAACCUGGAGAUUCAACAGAAAAACAAAAAACUCGAGGAAAUGGAGGAAAAACUGGAGAAUGAGCAAAGCGAGAAGAAGAAAGCACAAGAAAAAAGAGAAAAAGAAGAAACCAAAUGGAAACUGGAGAAAAGUGAAUGGGAGGAAAAACUUGCUGCAUUAGAAAAAUCAAAGUCUGAAUCAAAACAGGAGCUACAGCAGCGUAGAGAGGCGAUGAUAAUGGAACAUACGGUCCGGGAGAAGGAUCGGAUGAAGUAUGAGGAAGAAGCCAGAAAGCAAGCAGAGGAGUUCAACGAAUUCAAAGAGAAAUACACCAAAGACUUUGCAGCUCAGACGGAAGAGCACGAGAAACAAAUGAAAGACAAAGAUGAGAAGUAUGACCUGUUAAAGGCCCUAAAAGCCCACUAUGAAAAAGAAAGCAGAGAAAAACAUCGCCGCUGGCUAGACGACAUCAUCGUCGUGGCCAGCUUCCGGACCAGCUCUGUCGUCGCCGACCUCCGGAUCUUCUUCGUCUGCAUCACCGCCACUUCCUUCUGCGCAGUCGGCCUCUGGACCAGCUCUGUCGCCUGCGCCACUACCACUUUUCAUGUGGUCGUGCCCCUGACUUAA